UCUUAACAUGCUCAACCUGGUGUUCAGAGCUGCCAAUCACAGCCUGGUCUGCCCUCUGUUGAAGUUACACAUAAGAAAUGUCCCAAAGUUUCCCUUUAGAAGCUCACACGACUUUCGAAGCCGGCGGAGUGCGCUGAGAUAUUUGUCAACCAUGCGCCUUAUCAAUGUCGAGACUCUCGAGUUGGAGUCUUUCACAGGCGAACAUGGCGGAUCUAUACCUACAUAUGCGAUUCUUUCGCACGUAUGGACGUCCCAGGAAGUGUCACUGCAGCAGAUGAGCGGACUGAGCCCCCUUCCAGAAGAGUCAAAGGGCUACCGAAAAAUCGUCGACUUUUGCGCAAAGGCGAAAGCCGAGGGCUUUGAGUACGGCUGGAUAGACACCUGCUGUAUAGACAAGACGUCAAGUGCUGAACUAUCCGAAGCGAUUAACUCGAUGUUUCAGUGGUACCGGAAGUCUGCAGCUUGUUAUGUCCAUCUUAAUGAUGUCAGCUCUGCCGAGAAUCCAAGAUUACUGGACUCGAAGUUCCGCCGAAGUCGAUGGUUCACGCGUGGAUGGACUCUUCAGGAACUCCUCGCGCCGCACGAAGUGAUCUUUCUCGCUGACGACUGGCGCGAGAUUGGUACCAAGGCUAGUCUGAGUGCAACUAUCUCAGAUGUCACAAAGAUUGAUGCAGCUACGUUGGUGAAACAUACCUGGUCACACGUCAGCGUUGCUGGGAUCAUGUCAUGGGCAUCAAUGCGACAAACUACAAGACUAGAAGAUCAAGCAUAUUCUCUCAUGGGUCUAUUCGAUGUGAAUAUGCCUCUGAUCUACGGAGAGGGCCCUAAAGCUUUCUAUCGGCUCCAAGUGGAGAUCAUGAAGACAACAAACGAUGAUUCUAUAUUCGCGUGGUGCACAGAACCCUUAGAAGAUCGUGGAUAUUCUCCUAGUGAAGGAGCUUCAACGAGAGGUUUCCGGUUCCUGGGAUUGCUAGCUCCAUCGCCUGCUUGUUUCAGGGAUUCUCAUGACAUAAGGGCACCUAAAGAUCUCUCUAGAAAUCAUGCACCCUACGACAUGGUCAAGCAGGACGUCAGUCUUUCGGCGGUGGUAGUUCGUCUCUGCUCACUACCAGCAGACCCCAAGCAACUUGGAAGUAUUGAUCGGGUAGAUGUUGUUGGAACACUGCGGUUCUCCAAUAACGUGAGGGCAGUAGACCAUGGUCUCGUCAUCACGCCAGCAAGACAAGACGCGAAGGGAAUUAAGAUAAUGUGCUUGGUUGCUGUUCUACGCUGUUGGAACAAAGAUGGCUAUAUUGGUAUUCCUAUUAAGCGUCUGGCAUCUGGCGCUUAUCAGAGAGUCGAGAAUGGGAACAGAUGUCGCUGGUUUAAGGUCCGAUUGAUGCCCUUACGCUUGACAUUGAAGACGGAAGAAGAAAAAGCUCCAGAUGAGUCGGAAUACACCCUCAGACAGUUCGACUCUGAGAGUAGAGAGAAGGGACCACCUGCUGAUCCACCAGAAACCAUUCUCGUGAGAGCAUAUGUACCAUUGGACCUCCCAUCAGACAACACACACGCUUCUGCCAAAGCCAGUUACCGUCAUGCACCUCUCCAGUUCCGGUCACUACCUAUCAAUAACAGCUAUUAUAGAAUACACGCUGACAGUGCCAAUAACUCUAUACCGCUAGUGCCUGUGUUGCCACCUCAUGCUCAGGUUGUCGAGACUAUCAAUGGACUCAUCGAUACCCUGCCGGAAAUGCGUAUCAUAUUUCGCCCCAGUGCAUCAGAUAGUGAUCUACCACCUUUCACGAUACGCACAAGAAUGACAGAAAGGCCUCAUGGCAUCCAAGUUGGGUGCUUGAUUGGAAGUGAGGCCCAAGCCUGGGAUGAGACGCCAGAUGCUGAAAUCACCGACAUUGACAUGAAAAGUGUCUCCACCACGAUAUCUCUCACAACAGACCUAUCUCUCGUGUUCCGAGUGAGACGAGGUGUUCCACAAGAUACGAGUUGUUAUUUGAAUGUGAGCGUUGAGAAGAAGUUGUCGUGGGCGGAAGAUGUAGAACAUUGGCCUGCUACACUUGGAGACAAAAGCCUGUCAAGCUCGGAGAUGUCGCUCAAUCGUAGCUUCACAGACAAUUCAAUAUGAGAGGUUGUCAACAACCGUACCUGCCGGUAACAGGCUCUCAACGGUGUGUUGAAAGAUGUCAGGUGGCGAGGCAUACAUGACUUCGAAAGGACAGCAGUAAAUCCAAUACAGCCUGAUGACCCUCAGUGUUAUGUUCUGUGGUACGGACGUGAAGUAGAAAAGAUAGAUUUAUAGUACAUGACAUCAUUAGUCUCGUCAACGUCUUCGCUAGUCGAAUCUUAUAGAGCC